GUCAAACAAAUUUAGAGCAAAAAGUUUAGCCAACAGGAAAUAAAUAUUUCAGUCAUUCGAAACAGUUCAGUCGUCGGGAAAGGAUAUAAAAUCGAAAAGAAAAAGAAAAAUGGAAAAAGAAAAUACUGCUGGUGCGGACGGAGAACAGGCUACUCACCCCCCAAAUGGAGGUCCUGCCGCCUCUGGCUUGCAGAAGGAGGAAGAGAAGCAGCAGCAGCCACACAGCGAUGCUAUGGAAAAACAGAACCGACAACAGCACGCAGGACAACAGCGAGGACAGGGCGGUAAUCAACAACGCCAAGGAGGCUCCCAGCUCUGUAGUUCUCGCCAGCCGCAAGGCGAACUCCCCCAAUGGCCAGGAGCCCAGGGACGAGGUCUGCCUCCGCCGCGUGGAACUUUGGGAAAAUCUGGUCAAGUAUCUGUCAAUUAUCUCGACGUUAACUUGGACAAAAUGCCUGCGGUGGCCUAUCACUACGAUGUGAAGAUCACGCCAGAGCGUCCUAAGAAGUUCUAUCGUCAGGCUUUUGAGCAGUACAGAGUUGAACACUUGGGCGGUGCGAUUGCCGCAUUUGAUGGACGUGCAUCGUGCUACUCAGUUGUGAAGCUAAAAUGCAGCUCCCAGGGCCAAGAAGUGAAAGUAACAGAUCACCACGGCCGUACCCUGAAUUACACUCUGGAACUCAAGGAGACGGAGGACUUGGAGGUCGAUCUGAACUAGCUGAGAAGCUAUAUGAAGGAUAAGAUAUAUGACAAGCCCAUGCGAGCCUUGCAGUGUCUGGAGGUUGUGUUGGCAGCACCCUGUCAUAGCACCGCCA